GCAGAACUGUAACGGUAAAUAUUACAUGCCAGCACAAUUGUAUUUGAUACUCCGACGGAACGGCUGCGCCAUACCGAUCGUACAAUUAAUAUCGUACAAUUAUCAUAGCAUAAAUAGUUUACUGUCGUUCGGUGUCGUGCAAGAGCUUGACGAUAGCGCGCGCGCGUGUACGUGUGCCGGAAGAAAUUUUACGUCAAGAUAAGGCCUUUCGCACACGAUGAUGAUUGAAAAAAUGGCUGUGCCAACGGAGAACGUCAUGAAUACGAAUCUCGAUGAUCCUGUAACGAAGGCAGUGGUCGAUAAUAUAAUGGGUAACCUACCCACAAAGAAGCCUCUCGUUCGAUGUGAUGACUGUGACCUUUCCUUCACGAGCCAAGCAGUAUUAGAUACUCACUUACAAGGUGCACGUCAUGCUAAACAGGUAAGAUCUAAGAAUAUAAUGGCAACUCUUGAGGAAACAAAGAUCUCAUUUACCAAGGAUGAAGAGACAAAUGGCCUCAAAUGCAAUGUAUGUAACGUGUGCCUGAACUCUAUUCAGCAGUUACAGACACAUCUCAAUGGGAGCCGCCAUAAAAAGAAAUUAAUGAGAGGUGAAUGGGAUGGCAAAGAGGUUGUCAUCCAAGGUCCAUCACUGAAAUCAACUGCUAGUGCGCAACAAUCUGUUCCUGCAAAAAAGCCUUUACUUACCUGCGAAAUAUGUAACAAGUUCUUCAACUCUCCAUCUCAAUACAGUGUGCAUAUGAAUUCGGAGAAACAUGCUGAUAAAGUGAAGAGAUCUAAGGAUCCAUAUAAAGGAUUUCCAUAUCCGUAUCGGAAAAAAACAAAACGAAAUAUCACUUUCAAGGAGCAUAUACCAUCUUUAUCAAACAGCUUUGUAUCAGGCAAUUUUACAUAUCAGCAAUAAGUUACAUAAUUUGCACAUUUUACUUUGAGUCAUACAUUACAAGAUUAUUAAGAAAUUGUUUGAAAUGUUCCUCUUAACUAAUAAACAUAAUUAUACAAAUAUGUAUAUGACUUAAAUGUAAAUAUACAUAUUUAUAAUUUAGAUUUCUGUAAAUUUACCUGAAAAAUAUUGAACUUUUUCUGUUCAACAGGUAAGAAAAACGAUAAUUCUUUAAAUAAUAGCAAUGCAUGAACAAUUGAGUUUAAUUGAUACCUUUAAUAUUAAUAUUGAAUAAUCUAAAAGUUUGAGAAUCCAUCAUUAUUGAAAUUAUUGUUAAAAUUAUAGAUAAUCACCAAAUAAAAGUUAUACUUAUAUAUAAUAAAAUGUAUAUUUACAUUUUAUUUGGGCUAUCAAAAAUUAUAUAUGAUUAAAUAUAAUGCACUAUAAAAUUUAGGUUAAAUGUAUUCACAAGUUCUAUCCCAAGUUACUUCACGAAUAGAUGCAUUGUCUUGUGAAAAUCCGUUACAUUUAGACUAAAAGAAAACAAUGCGAGCUGUUAAUGCUUCUAUCAUUUUUCAAUAUGACACAAUAUUAUAAUUAUAUAUUAUUUUUUGGUAUUAUACUUGGAUUAUAUAUGUUUUCAAUAAACGGCGUAAUUCUUCA